AUGGCUGCCAAUAUCUCCAAGAAGCGUAAAUUCGUCGCUGAUGGUGUCUUUUACGCUGAAUUGAACGAACUAUUACAGCGUGAAUUGUACGGUGAUGGCUACUCUGGUGUUGAAGUGCGUGUGACGCCCAUGCGCACUGAAAUCAUCAUCCGUGCGACUCGUACCCAGGAGGUCUUGGGGGAAAAGGGACAGCGUAUUCGUGCACUCACGUCCGUUGUGCAAAAGCGUUUCAACUUUCCCGAUGGAGCCGUGGAACUUUACGCUGAGCGUGUCGCCAAUCGUGGUCUGUGCUCGCAAGCUCAGGCUGAAUCACUCAAGUAUCGUCUACUUGGCGGUCUGGCUGUGCGUCGUGCGUGUUACUCGGUCGUUCGCUUUAUUAUGGAAGCUGGUGCUAAAGGUGUCCAGGUUGUUGUGUCGGGCAAGUUGCGUGCUCAACGUGCCAAGGCUAUGAAGUUUAAUGAAGGCUACAUGGUCAAGACUGGUAAUGCUUCACAGGAGUACGUGGACACGGCUGUACGUCACGUAUUGAUGCGUCAAGGUGUUCUUGGUGUCAAGGUGUCUAUCAUGCUGCCGCAUGACCCGACGGGUAAACAAGGUCCCAAGCGUGCACUGGAUGAUGUUGUCACGAUCCUUGAACCAAAGGAAGAAGUCUAUCGUCCGUACGUGGAACCUACGACUCCUGUAGUACCUGCUGCUGUUCCUGUAGUAGCUGUGCCCGUGGACCCCGUGUACCAACCAAGUGCUUAA